CCAAUCUGUCGGUGACACAGUAUAUCUGUAUAUAAAGACACCGUUCAGAGUGUAGCUCCGUUUUAAAAACCUACUUUAUGACAGUCAAUCCACUUCAGAGAAGUUGUGAAAAAUGUAUGCUGAGUAUGUCUUCUAAAUUGGACUGUGUGUUGAACUUCAGCGAGAAUGUAUCGAGUUGCGAGAUGGAGAAGCAUGCUUCGCUUCCUGAUGCAGUAUAUGUCGUUUUGGCGAUCUAUCUCUUUUUCAUUACGAUUUUCGGCAUUCUGGUCAAUGGUGCCAUCAUCUACUUGUACUUUUCACGAAAAGAAAUCGCAACAAUUAGUAAUAUGUACGUAGUAGCACUGUGUGUCUGCGGUUUUCUCAUCGCAAUUUUUGGGGUGCCGUUUGCAGCAGCGUCUAGUAUAAGACACGAGUGGUUGUUUGGAGAAGGGCUGUGUAAAGUUCAUGGAUUUUUGUUCACAGGUUUAGGGAUUGUCAUGAUUGCUAUUUUGACCGGCAUCGCAAUUGAUAAGUACAUCUUUAUUGUACGGUAUCAAUUUCAUCACAAAGUUACUAAGAACGUUGCCUUGAUGAUCAUAGCCGGCUGUUACGUGUACGGAGUAAUAUGGGGACUUCUACCAUUAUUUGGAUGGAACCAUUACGUUUUAGAGCCCGUGAAACUGACGUGUUCUGUGGAGUGGACUGGAGAUGUUGUCAACCACUCGUACGCCAUAACGAUAAUGUUCACUGGUCUUCUUAUCCCAGUCAGCAUCAUCGCAUAUUUGUACUCAUCGAUCCUAAGGAGGGUACACAGUCAACGAAUGGUUUCACAACGAAUUGUUUCUAACUCACGAAAACAGAACCUCAUUAGACGAGAAAAGAGGAUUGCCACGACUCUAUUUAUGAUGGUUGGUUCGUUUAUUCUCGCAUGGCUACCAUAUUCAAUUUAUGGUCUAAUAUGCAUUCUGGGAUACAGUAAUGUCAUUCCGCUUAUAUGGCAUACCAUACCUUCUGUGUUCGCAAAAGCAUCGAUUCUCUGGAACCCGGUGAUAUAUGCUUCGCGCAGUAGAGCCAUCAAAAAAGCUCUAGGCGAAACCUUUCCUUUCCUUCGAUGGAUGAUUCCCAGAACCCAUCGCCAGGUAAAGCAUCAAGAGCAAACGACAAACACUUUUCUCAACAUGAACACGUCUAAUGGAUCUGAUGUUGUUCUCGUGCAAUUAUUAAGUGAAAAUAAGGUGACUUCUACGUCUUUAUAAAUGGACCUACAUUAGGCUUUGGGUGGCCUCUAAUAUUGGACCAAUCUAAUUAAAAUUAGAUCUUCCAUCCGCUCCCCAGUUUUCGAUACGUCGCGUGGAAGUCGAAAACUGGGGAGCGGAUGGAAGAUCUAAUUUUAAUUAGAUUGAUAUUGGACCUAAAGCCUUUGGUUGCUUUUAACCUUGGAACUAAAGCCUUGGAUGGCUUCUAACCUUUCUGAAAUUUAAACACCAUCCCUGCUCUGUCGUUGUAUUCUGCAAUGUACAUACAAAACAUAAAACAUGUAAUGGGGUAUUGGGACCCAUCACAGAUUAUAGCAUCUCAGUAAGA